AUGUUGUCUAUCCCUCCCAAAACCCUCCAAAUUUCCCCCACAGCCACGUACAAAUACUACUACUCCAAAGCCUCUAGACCAGGCCUUCCAACCGCACUAUUUCUUCACGGCUUCCCCUCUACAGCAAUCGACUUCUCCCCACAGCUUGAACACCUCACCUCCCGCGGUUAUGGAGUUCUUGCACUUGAUCUCCUCGGCUAUGGUGGUACUUCCAAGCCGGAUGACCACCGGGAGUACACCUGGCGUGCAAUGAGUGCGCACAUCGUUGCCGUCCUCGACGCAGAAGAUAUAAAGUCUAUCGUAGGCGUAGGCCAUGACCUUGGAUCCUGGUUUCUCAGCAGGCUGUACCAUUUUCACCCCUCUCGGUUCACGGGACUAGUGUUCCUCGACGUGGGAUACGCCGCCCCUGGCCAGAAAUUCGACGUGGAGAUGAUCAAUCGCAUGACGAAGCAGAUGACGGGGGAGGAAAGGUUUCGUUACUGGGAUCUCUUCACGGAUGACGAGGACGUGGCGCUGAUGGACCAGAAUGUUGAGAGCGUGGUGUCACUCAUGCAUGCAUCGCCAGAGGUCAUGGCUGCGAACCUUGGGCCACCGGGUAGGGCGCGGGAGUGGGUUGCUUCAGGGCGCAUCGCGCAGACGCAUUUCUUUGGUGGAGAGGGUAGCAGUUACUUCCGGGACAAGGUUGCUUUAUUCAGAGAGGGUGGAUGGACGGGGCCAACGAACUGGUAUAAAGCCCUAAGGGAGAACUUGUCGUGGGAUGAUGAGAAGGAUAUGCAAAAGGAGCUUGAAGUUCCCGUCUUGGUGGUCGGCUGCGGCAGAGACGAGAUGACGUUACCUGGAAUUCAGGACCAGAUGACGAAGCCAUGGGCGAGGGCUGGGUAUCAGUUUGAGGUGCUUGACACGGGACACUGGGUCAUGCUGGAGGACCCAGAAGGGACGAAUAGGCUGUUGGAAGAGUUUCUGGGGAAUACUGUCUGA